AUGAUUGAAACAGAAAAGGAUUCAGGGGUCAAAUUUUUGGAUUUGGAAAUCAUGGGUUCGAAGUUGUAUGUUAGUACUGAUGAAGACUUCCAUUAUUCCAUAUUGAUUUAUGAUCUUAAAGAUUUCGGUAAUGGAUCUCCAAAGCCUAAAGUAUCAGUUAUGGUUCCGGAAGCAUCGACACCAUAUGUUUCAAGAAUAGUUGAUAGCCACCGUCAUGAUUCAGGUUAUGCAUAUGGCUGUCUAGCAAAACAUGAAUCAUUAGAACAAUUAUUCCUCAUUUACAUCAUGUGCAAUGUAAUUUAUAAACCUGAGCAUGUUGACUCUUGGAGCCCAGAAUUUGUUACCUCACCUGAGAUUACUGCGGUGGAAGUGUUCAAGUUGGACAUGAAUAAGGAACCUCUUCAGUGGAUCAAGUGUCUAAGUUUAGAUGAUAAUGUGAUUUUUGUUAGUGGUAUCACGAGCAUGGUAAUGUCAAGAGCUGCCCUUAAUAGCACUGAUCAAGAGUUAAUUAGAGAAAAUAGUGUGUAUUUUGCUCUCUCAUUUCAAUGUCCUUCGGAUCCAUGGCAAGGCGUUCGGUUGGGGGUCAAGCACUUAACUGAUAGCAGCGUCAAAUAUUUUUCUGUAAGAAAAUCAAAUCAUUCUAAGGUUCCUUAUCCUUUUUGGUUUGUACCAAGUAUUUAA